AUUAUAUUAUAUUAUAUUAUAUAUAAUAUAUAAAUAAAAAAAAAAUCAAAUUUCUAUCCCAGGGCCACUACGUUUAACCGGAGUGUAUUAAAUAUUAGUGUGAAUGAAUGAAUGAAUGAAAAUGAAUAAAUGAAUGCGAUAAUACACACACACACACACUAUACACAAACCAUACAAAACAGAAAGAUAGACCGACCAACCAGUCAACCAGUCAAAGAUAUAAAACAGAUACACACACAGACAUAUAUAUAUAUAUAUAGAACAGACACAGACAGAUUUUUUUUUUUACUAUAUAUAUAAAUUAUUAUUAUUUUUAUUAUUAUUAAUAUUAUAUAGCUAAUUAUUAAAACAAAUUUCUAUUUCUUCUUCCUCUUCCUCUUUGUCUUCUUCCUCUUCCUCUUUGUCUUCUUUCUCUUUAAUUUUUAUUAUAUUAUUUUUUUUUAGAUAGGUAUAAUAUAUAUAUAUAUAAUAUAUUUAUUUAUUUAAUUAUAUAAAUAAAUAUAUAAAAUAUAUAUUAUAUAUCUAAUAAAUACCUUGUAUCUAUAUAGAGAUAUAUCUCUUGAUAUUUUACAUUAAAAAAAAAAUACAUACAUACACUUUAAUUCUAUAUUAUAUACACUUUAAUUCUAUAUUAUAUAAAUAUAUAUAUUAUAUAUAUAUUUUACAAAUAUUAUACACAAAACCAGACCUAGAAAACAACAAACGCAGUCAAAAUGGGAAAAGGAAAAAGAGCCCACACGAUCAGUAUCCCAAGUAUCAACUUGAGAACUCCCCUGUCCUCAUCUGAUCAUUCCUUCAGUGUCUUGCCUCCUGCAUUCCUCCAGAGCAGUCCUCCCGUCCAAAAGACAAACCAAUCACCUGCCUUGACACGCUGGACUCCUCCGAGAAAACCUCAGCGCAAGUACGAUGACCUUGAACACAAGAUGGAAGCCGCCCCACUCUAUGUACUCGUCUGCACCUACCUCAACUACUUUGUCCUCAUCCUCUUUGGUCAUCUCCGUGACAUUCUCGGCAAAACAUUUCAUCCUCAAGCCUACAGUCAUCUCAAGAUGAACCAGGGUUAUGCUCCAUUGGUAUCUGAUUUUGACUCUUUCUACACCCGUAGAUUGUAUGUCCGUAUUCGUGAUUGCUGGAACCGACCGAUCACUGGUGUUGCUUCCCGGACUGUCAAAUUAUUGGAUCGUGAAAGUCGUGACUUUAACAAGACCUUCAAGUUGACUGGUACAAUCACUGAGACUCUGAACUUUGCUUCAUACAAUUACCUUGGAUUCGCUCAGGCAACCGGUCCUUGUGCCACAGAAGUGGAGCAGUCCAUGCUGACCAACGCGAUCGCCUCCCCUUCACCUCGCGCAGAAGCCGGUACCACCACAAUCCACAACGAACUCGAACAACUGGUGGCCCGCUUCACCGGAAAGGAGGCCUCGAUGGUCGUCAGCAUGGGUUUCGCAACAAACUCGACCACAAUCCCUGCCCUGGUCAACAAGGGUUGUCUGAUCAUCUCAGACGAACUCAACCACUCGUCAAUUGUCUUUGGUGCCCGUAUCUCGGGUGCCUCGGUACGCUGCUUCAAACACAACAACAUGCAAGACUUGCGCGAACUGCUCCGUGAGGUCAUUUCUCAGGGACAGCCCCGCACCCACCGUCCAUGGAAAAAGAUCUUGGUUAUUGUCGAAGGAUUGUAUUCAAUGGAAGGAACUGUUGUCAAUCUCCCAGAAAUUGUUGAAAUGAAGAAAGAAUUCAAGUUUUAUCUUUAUGUUGAUGAAGCCCACUCUAUUGGUGCCCUUGGUGAAAACGGUGGUGGUGUCUGUGAUUUCUAUGGUGUCGAUCCUGCAAACGUUGAUAUUCUGAUGGGAACCUUUACCAAAUCAUUUGGUGCUGCUGGUGGUUACAUUUCUGGUGACAAGAGUGUCAUUGAUCAUUUGAGAACCACCAACCAUGCCUACAUCUACGCUGAAUCAAUCUCGAUCCCUGUUGCCCAACAAGUCAUUUCCAGCAUGAAGAUUAUCUGUGGUGAAGAUGGUUCUGAUGAAGGUCGCAAGAAAAUCAAAUGCUUGGCUGAGAACUCUCUCUAUUUUGCCGCACGCUUGCGCCAGAUGGGUUUCAUUGUCUAUGGCGACCACGGUAGUCCUGUCAUUCCCUUGUUGCUCUUCAACCCCGCCAAGAUUUCUGCAUUUUCUAGAGAACUUUUGAAAAGAGGUGUUGCUGUUUGUGUGGUCGGUUAUCCUGCUACUCCAAUCAUCUCAUCCCGUGCAAGAUUCUGCUUGUCUGCCUCUCACACAAGAGAAGAUAUUGAAACUGCCUUGAAUAUCAUUAGUGAAGUUGGUGAUCUUCUUCUUCUCAAAGUUAGUCAAGAACCCAGAGAAUAAGAAAGAAUCAAAGAAAGAAAAGAAAUAAACAAACAAAAAAUAAACCUCAACACCGAAAGAGCGAAAGAAAGAAGACCAAGAUCAUAAUGAUAAUACUGAAGAAAAUCAUCAACAACAAGAAGAAGAAGAAGACAAAAUAAUAAUAAUAAUAUAUAUUAUCAUUGUUGUUACUAUUACUACUAUUACUAUUACUAUUAUUACUAUUAUUACUAUAUAAUUUUUUUUGAAACCCCCCUUUUAAACAUUAACAUUAACACUUAAAACCCUUACCUCUUUACCUCUACAUCUAACCUUUACAUCUAUCUUUACCAAUUAUAUUUUAUCUCUCCUAUUUCUUAUUUAUUUCAUUUUUUUCUAUUAUCAAUAUUAUUAAGAUUAUUGUUAUUAUUCCUCUAAUAGUAAACUUGUGCAUGUAAUAUAAUAUUAUAUAAAAUACAAAAAAAAACAACUUUUAUAGAAC